AUGCGCGGAGGACGGUCCCGAGUCGAGGCGAGCGGAGAUGGCAAUUUGUCGACUGCAUGUUCUCGACGUGUCCCGACGUCUGCGGGCCAAGUCGACGCCGUCGAAGGGGACAGACGCAACGUCGUCUGGACGCCUCGAAAGGAUGAGAGGCACCAGCACCAGCACCACUCGAUUGCUUCAGUCUGCACGAUCUGCAACCAUCUUGAGGCAAAGUUGCUUCGAGCGGAGACUGUCAUUUCACAAAAGAGGGCACAAUAA